AUGGGCGAACAAAUCAUCAAGCAUAGAGCGUUCGACCUCUGCCCCACGAUGGCAGCUUGGCCCAUACAUGAGUGCGUCAAAGAAUGUCCUGAUUGCGAGGACUUCUUGUUAUGGUGCUGUGGAUGUAACAAUAAGUACUAUGAUCUUCCUGAGAGCCAGAAACCAACUCGACCCUGUCACCACUUUCGCAUCGUGUUCACAGACGGUGCUUGCACACACAACGGCAAUCCGCGAGCAAGAGCAGGAGCUGGUGUAGCAUAUGGCAACAAUGACCUCAGUCAACUUUCCAUACCCAUCACCGACGACGAAGACCAUUUCCCGUUGCGAUCAAACCAGCGAGCAGAACUCUAUGCGGCAAGACUGGGUCUCGCCUUCCUCGCCGAGGCCGCUCAUAUCAACACACAAGAGGCAUCCGGCAAGCCCAAAAACAAGUUAGCUGACUGGAUCAUCGCGACCGACUCGGAAUACGUCGUCAAGGGAAUGACAGAGUGGCUCCCCAAAGGUACCAAACCACUUAAUCUUGACCUAUUUCUUGCUCUCGAUAGCGAAAUGAAGAAGCACGAGGCGAACAACACAAGGAUCGGACUUUGGUGGGUACCCAGGGAGUUCAAUAAAGUGGCUGAUGGUCUCGCGAAAAAGGCAGCGAUCGAUGGGGAUUUGGCUAGCGCGUUUCCGUAG